UUCCUGAAUUCAGAGCAACAGAUGAGAGAGGCAGUUCGGCAGGACUCCACCAAGGUUUUUGUUUUCUGAUAAAAACACGAUAAACCUCGGCUUGUAAGUCCAGCGUCGUCGGCUCGCUUCGAGGAGUGUCGGCUCUCUGCCACGAUGGUGGAGACUCUAGCUGGGUGUAUGUUUGAGGACAUCGAGUAUGCAGAUAUCCAAGUAGAAGCGGCUGUUGGCAGAGGGACUUUUGGGGUUGUCUUCAAAGCUGUGUGGAAAGGAAAGGAUGUAGCAAUCAAGACCAUUGAGAGUGACAAUGAACGGAAUGCUUUCCUUGUUGAGCUCCGCCAGCUCUCCCGAGUGAAUCAUCCCAACAUUGUUAAACUCUAUGGCUUCUGUGACAAUCCAGUCUGUCUGGUCAUGGAGUAUGCAGAAUGUGGAUCUUUAUAUAACCUUCUGCAUGGUGCAGAGCCACAGCCCUACUAUACAGCAUCCCAUGCAAUGAGCUGGUGUCUGCAGUGUGCCCAGGGAGUUGCCUAUCUACAUGCUAUGAAGCCAAAGGCUUUAAUUCAUAGGGACCUCAAACCACCAAAUCUACUGCUUGUGGCUCGUGGUACUGUGCUGAAGAUAUGCGACUUUGGAACAGCUUGUGAUAUUCAGACCUACAUGACCAAUAAUAAAGGAAGUGCAGCCUGGAUGGCACCAGAAGUAUUUGAAGGCAGUAACUACAGUGAAAAGUGUGAUGUGUUCAGCUGGGGGAUUAUCCUGUGGGAGGUCAUCACACGCAAGAAACCCUUUGACGAGAUUGGUGGUUCUGCAUUUUGCAUAAUGUGGGCUGUCCAUAGAGGUACUCGACCUCCUCUGAUCAAAGACCUUCCAGAACCCAUAGAGACUCUGAUGACACGCUGCUGGGACAAAGAACCCAGCCAGAGGCCGUCAAUGAAUGAGGUCAAAAACACUAUGAAUCAUCUAAUGAAGUACUUUCCAGGUUCAGAUGAACCACUGGAUCUUCCUCAUCAGUCGUCAGCCAGCAGAAGUGGCUCUUCAUCAGCCACAAGCACUGACUCGUAUGCUGACUGCACUAUCAACUGUAGCCGGAGUGAUGACGACACAGAACACAUAAACUCAGUUGGCAGAGAGGAAACCCUGAAAGGUGUCGAGUCCAAAUUUCCACUUCAGUUCAAGCCCUCAAAGAGUCCUGCAUUGCGUCCUGGUCUGUCCAGGAUCCCAGGUGUGGACACUCAACCAGGACCUUCCCAAAACCCAAACCACUUGAGCAGUUCUCCAAUCAACUCUAGCCAGUCAGAACUGAGGAUAUGGAGCUCCACAGCUACCAAUGGAGUAGAUGGCUAUCUGAAACUGGAUUAUCAGCUGCAGCCUCUGGCUCCUUGUCCAAACUCCAAAGAGUCCAUGGCUGUGUUUGAGCAGCAUAUCAGGAUGGCUCAGGAGUACCUCAAAGUCCAGUCAGAGAUUGCUCUUCUUGUUCGGAGAAAGAAGGAGCUAACGACCGAGCUGGAGCAGGAUGAAAUGGAGCAGCAGACCUCGUUUCGACUCAUCCAAGAGCGCAGCAAUCUGCUGGAGGACAACAGCAGCCUAUCAGCCUACUGCCAGGGCCUGAAGAGUAAACUGAGCCUGAUGAAGAGCCAGAACUAGCAGCACAGCUGGAACAAAAUGAUGGGCUGCACCAAGCAGUCCACAUCACUGUUGUUUUGACUGUAAUCGCUCCCCUUUUGAAAGAAGAGAACAAUCACUGGCAGGAAAGCCCGUUAUCUUAGAAAAUAAGACUCUGCUAACUACAUAAGGUAGAUCAAGAUAAUGUUAAAGUGAAAGUUGUUAAUUUGGAAUUAAAGCCUUUAAAGUCCAGCUGAAUUAUAAGUUGAUAUUCUUUGUUAAUGAACUACACUGUGUGCACAAUUAUUAGGCAAGUUGUAUUUUUGAGGAUUAAUUUUAUUAUUGAACAACUCCAGUGCUCUCGGUCAAUCCAAAAUGUUCAUGAACCUAAACCUGCAUGUUUAAGAAAGUAAAAGUGAGGUUUUGUCUUUCAUAAGAGAAUAUAUAUAAGCACAAUUAUUAGGCAACUAUUAGUGUGCAGAAUUAUUAUGCAACUAAAUGAAAAAACGAACAUUUUCCCAUUUCACCUGUUUAUUUUUGUCUGUUAAAGUGAGAAUAAUGAAACAACUCAGAAUUUACAGAUAUACAUUUCUGACAUGUCCAAAAAAGAAAAAUCAGGGACCAAUAUAGCCACCCUUCUUUUCAAUAACUGUCACAAGCCUUCGAUUCAUGGAGUCUGUCAAUGUCUUGAUCUGUUGACGAUCAACUUUUUGUGCAGCAGCGGUGUACAGGGCCCACAGGUUCUCAAUGGGGUUAGGUCAGGUGAGGAAGGGGGCCAUGUCAUUAUUUUUUCAUCUUUAAGGCUUUUACUGGCUAGCCAUGCAGUGGAGUAUUUCGAUGCAUGCCAUGGAGCAUUGUCCUACAUAAAAAUCAUGAUCUUCUUGAAAGAUGCAGACUUUUUCCUGUACCACUGCUUGAAAAAAAGUGUCUUCUAAAAACUGGCAGUAGGUUUUUAAUAAUUUAAUAAUAACAGCCCAUACCAGUACCCCACCUCCACCUUGCUGGCGUGGAGGUGGGGUACUGGAGCUGUGUCCGUUACUGAUCCAGCCACAGGCCCAUCCAUCUGGUCCAUCAAGAGUCACUCUCAUCUCAUCAGUCCAUAAAACCUUUUGAAAAAUCUGUCUUCAGAUAUUUCUUGGCCCAGUCUUGAUGUUUCAACUUGUGUAUUUUGUUCAUUGGUGGUCGGGUUUCGGCCUUCCUUACCUUGGCCAUGUCUGUAAGCACUGAACACCUUGUACUUCCGGACACUCUGGGUAGGUUGCAGUUCUGGAGUAUGGCAGCACUGGAGGAUAAUGGGUUCCUGGUAGCUUCAUGUUUGAUUCUUCUCAAAUCUUUGGCAGUUAAUUUGCGGGGGGGGUUUCUCAAUACAUGUCCCUGUUUGCUAUUUGCAACAAAACGUUUGAUGGUUCUGUGGUCACGCCCCAAUAUCUUAGCAAUUUCAAGAGUGCUGCAUCCCUCUGAAAGACUUGACAAUUUUUGACUUUUCAGAGUCCUUUAAAUCUCUUUUUUGGCCCAUUUUACCUGAGGAAGAGAAGCUGCCUAAAAGUUAUGCACACCUUUAUAUAGAGUGUUGAUCUCCUUAGGCCACAGCCUCACUCAUUACGCAAAUACACAUCACCUGAUAUGCUUAAAUCCAAUAAGCACUCAAGUCUAUACAGCUUGAAGUUGAAAAUUAUGCAUAAAAAUUAUGAUAUGGCCAAACUACUCUCUUGCAUAAUAAUUGUGCAUGCAGUGUAUAGAUCUAUGGUGUCAUGUGUAACAUCCUUUGAGCCAAGCUGCUUUGAAGGAUCCCGGUAUUCCCGUGUCUUAUAAGAUGCUUUUGGACCACAGGAACUUUUUCAUAGUUGCAGUAACUGUUUUACGGAGUUUACAGAGGCCAAAUGGCCCCCAUGUUAUGGGGCAGUCUCUGUUACUGAGUGUUAUGAAUGUACAUUCAUUUUCAUAUUUACAUUUUGUCAGAGCUGAAAUGUCCCAGACUUUGAUAUGCAAAUAUGUUUUUUAGAGGUUGUUAAUAUUAACACCCUCUUUAUGAGCACAUAUGAUUAUUUUGAAACAAGAUGUUAUUUCACUUCAUAUCUUUUAGAUUAAAAAGACAUUUUAAUGAAACUUU